GAUGCACUACGUCAUGCCAUCCUUGUUUUGAGCACGAUGUUGUUUUUGUCGCCCCUUUUCUCCGCUUCUCGAUUGUCCUUCAUACUUCCUCCGGCUGUUGAUGUAGGCACGCGGUAAACACAACCUUUCCCUGACGUUUUUCGCCGAGCUUGCCCAUCGGCCAUAAGUUUCCAUUUCGACAGCAUGUCAUCUCCUCCGACAGCAGCUCGGAGAGCAGCAUUUGCUGCUGCUCUCGUCCUCAUCAUUUGUUCAUCUUCCUCUUUGUUUGCCUCUCAUAUACCAUACUACUCUCUCCCAUUUCCAAGUUUCUAUGAUGGCUGCUAUGUAAUGUUUUUUUCUUUUCUUGACAAACAAUAAAUAAUCUAAACUACAGAGAGGAGAAUUCAAACUUGGGUGCAAAGCAAGAGCAUAAUGGUAUAGAGCCAACCUGGCUAAGGCUAAGUCUACAUUAUAUAUACAUACACUCUUAAAACAUAUGUAAAAUUUACGUAAUAUCUCCUAUGUUUCUGUUUCCUGAUUUGGCAUGGAUUGGUUUUUUUUUUUUAAAUUUAAAAAAAAAAAAAAUUGAAAACUUUGUUUCUCUUUUUUUUUUUUUUUUUUUUUUUUUUUUUUUGGGUAAAGAAAAACAGUUUCUUGAUUUAGCGUCGAUUUGGUCUAGUUUUUCCUUUGUCAACUAGGAACUUAUAGCUUUUCCCUUGUCAAUUAGUACUUACGCUUAUAUUAAUUUCCUACUACAAUCAGGAUUCGGUAUAUAUAUUAGUCUAAGUGAAGAAUUGUUGCAUUCUCAUAUCAACUUUUGCUUAACAUCAAUCGAAAUUCGGGAUCGUUCUUGCUCUGAAAGAUACUUGGGAUUCAAGUAAUCUUAUUACUGGAAUGGGUUGUGCGAGUAGCAGAGUCGUGUCCUCAGUCUCACGAGUAGAAUCUGAGGUGAUUACUGAGAAAUCGAACAACAGUCUGAGUGUGGACAGUGGAACUGAAGCGGUUCUUGUUGGUGGGGAUAAGGCUCAGAGACCUCCGAGUUUGCUUUAUAAUAUUCUACCGAAGCAAUGGCGUGGUGAGCAGGUGGCGGCCGGGUGGCCACACUGGCUCGUGGAGGCAUGCGGGGAGGCACUCAAUGGGUGGAUUCCGCAGAGCGCAGACACGUUUGAAAAAGUUGAGAAGAUCGGUGGCGGAACUUAUGGUAAUGUGUACAAAGCUAGAGAUACGGUGACGGGAAAAAUUGUUGCCCUAAAGAAAGUUAGGUUUGAUGUUAAGCAGCCCGGGAGCCUUAAAUAUAUGGCUAGGGAAAUUGUAAUUUUGCGGCAGCUGGAUCAUCCCAAUGUGAUCAAGCUGGAAGGUCUGAUCAUGUCGAGGAUGUCGGCAUGUAGUUUGUACUUGGUGUUUGAGUACAUGGAGCAUGAUCUAGCCGGACUUGCCGCAAUGCCGGAAAUUAAAUUUACUGAAGCUCAAAUAAAAUGUUACAUGCACCAACUACUAUCUGCGCUCGAGCACUGCCACAGGCGCGGCGUGCUUCACCGCGACAUUAAAGGAGCAAAUAUUUUGAUAGACAACAGAGGAGUACUUAAGAUUGCUGAUUUCGGAAUGGCUACAUUUUUUGAUCGGUGGUCAAAACAGCGUCGUCCCAUGACGAAUAUGGUGGUCACGCUGUGGUAUCGACCUCCCGAGCUGCUUCUAGGGGCUACAAAUUACGGGGAGGGGGUGGACCUUUGGAGUGCGGGUUGCAUCUUAGCGGAGUUAUUAGCUAGGAAACCUAUCUUGCCUGGCAAGACAGAGGGGAAUCAACUACAUAAGAUAUACAAAUUAUGUGGUACACCUUCAGAUGAAUACUGGAAAUCAGCAAAGUUGCAGUAUGUGAAUCGAUAUUAUAGAUGGCCGGUGCCCUGCGAAAGACGCAUAAGAACGGAGUUCAAAGAUUUUCCGGCGUCAUCGUUGCCACUUAUUGAAACUCUUCUCGCAUUCGAUCCAGAGGAAAGGCAGACCGCCACGGCUGCAUUGAGCAGUGAGUUUUUCAUGACAGCGCCUUUUGCUUGUGAGCCUUGUGGCCUCCCACAGUAUCCCCCAGCCAAACAAAUCGAUGCUGAACGCCGGUACCACGAGGCCGCUCUACUUAGACUUAACGGUAGAGUUGAGCCGGCCAAUGCUGCUGCAAAGAAAACUAGCACAUUUCGACGUACUCCAGCUAGUGCUAGCAUGCCGGAUCUAGAUCAAUGGUGAAAAAUUUAAUUCUGGAUUGACCUAGUUGUAGGAGUAAUUUUUCAAUGUAACUGAAAGUAAAAGAGAUGGUAGACUUCCAACAUUAACGGCUACAUAACAAUCGUAAAUGUUCAAUAUUACAGAUGUUUGCAACGCAUCUACAUUUUAAGGCAAUAUUUUUAGUGAGAUAACAUCCGGAAGGCAAGCUAUUGCGCUUGCAGGAAUUAUAAUAGUGGUGGACAGUAUUUUAGAAGGAGAACCAUACGUAACGCUUUUCUUUCUUAGUCAUAAAAAAGGGUUCACAGUUGAGUUAGUAUUAUAAUAUAUAGAUUUAAUUAAAUAUUUGAUUCUUUUCAAAGCAAUGAAAAAUUGUUCACGUUACAUUUCCGACCUUUCUAACAUGAAAUGGUGUAAAAUUUGGCAUCAACCAUUAAUAAUAUAUAAUAUGUCAAAGUAGUUAUGUAAUUAUAAUUAUUGUCAAAUGAUUUUUCACUAACGCAUUUAAAAUAUUAUUUUUAAAAUUCAAAUAUGUUGGUCAUAAAGAUUAUUCUAUUCUCAUCUUGUAUUUACUUGGAUACGAUAACGAAAAGAUCGAAAGUUUGAAUUUAUAGAAUGAGUGUUUUCACUACCACUCCUUUUGCUCCUACAAUAAUUAGAAAAAUGCAUGGAUUGGACUAAAAUCUUUUGGAACCUUGGAUAAAGGUUUCGACGAAUGAAUCCAAGAAAGUUUGACAUGAAAGACUAAGAAUGCGACUGCACGCAAGCAUCCAAUACCAUGGGAUAAGAUAUCGUUCUACUACUACUUGUUAUUGAAGCCGUUAACAAAGAAAUAUCAGGUAUUGCAUAUGAUAUGCACUUGAUAUAUAUAAACUGACUAAAAUCUUAGCCUUACAAAACUCAUCUCUUUCAGAUAUCCAUAUUAUCGUCUAGAGAAAAGAAGAAGAAUGAAAGGAGGCAAUACAUAACAGCCAGUACUCUUCAUAAUAAAAGAUAAAAAAUAAAAAUUGAGAGCUUUGUGAGGUGGCACUACCUGCACUUGUCAAGAUCAAUCUUGCCUAUACGUAUUUCUCAAGUAAUUUUACCAAUGAGUACUUAGUACUAUUUUGAUGAAAAUGGAUACAUUUAUGCGCGUGUAUAUAUAUAUAUAUUUUUGAUGGGUGCUUUGAUUGUUCAGAAAUUAGAGAAACACUAAUUAAUAAAGAUAAAAGUAUAACACAUGCAUCCAUCAUAUUAUUCAUAUAAAAAACACGUACACCUGAAUUCAGCACACGGAGGCAAUAUUUCCUUAUACCUAUUUGUUUAUACAACUACUAUAUAGUAGGAUUAAUUAAUUAAGAUGCUAAUCGGAAGGAUGUAUCACCAAACUUUCUUGCAGACUUUAAUUAAUUAAGUAGACUGAUCAUGCACUGAUGUGGGAGAGAAAGAAGCCACUGAGUUAUUAUUGCUAGGCAUGGACUUUGAUCGCUUCAUCCAAGUCGAUGACUGGGACCGGUGAAAACGGCACCGGAAAGAGCCUUGAUGUGUCGUUGGUGAGCACAGACAUCGGCCUUUUGGUGAAGUAAAUGAUGCAGCUUCUGCGUUGUCACCAUUUUUUGGAGAAACUGAGACUUUCAGACCAUUGCCAUGGGAAGCCAUGUUUUGAUAGAGAAUAGUGAUACUAACUAAGGAAGAGUUUAUGUGGAAACUUAUUGCCAGACUGGCUUUAUAUAUAGGAGAUAAAUUAUAAGGGAAAAAAAG